UUUGGAAUCCGGAGUGGGAGAAUUUCUUUCCAUGGAAUAAAAAAAAAGUUUUUGUUUAAUAAAUAAAAUUCCCACGGGAAAUCGAUGAACAACCCACUUUAUGCAGUAGCAAAGACACUGUACUUAGUCUGGGUAUUUGAAUCGACCGAGAGAGCAUAGAAUCUCCAGAAAUUCCGUCCCUUUCACUGUUCUUUGGUUCGUUUCGGGCUCUCUUUCGUUAUUUUAGAUCGCGGGUUUGGGUUUUUCUGGGUUUGCGUCAAAUAGAUCAUCAUGCAUUCCGCGGCGGAGACAGAGGAAAAGGAAGAACAACGAGGAGAAAGGGCUAAUCUUCUCAAGAGAAAAAUCUGUGAAAUCGACGGUGAUCAACCUCCCGAUCGUCUAAUGGACGGUCCUGAUCCUCCCUCUGCCAAGAGAGUUUCCUCUUCUUCUACUCCUCUGAUAAUCAACCCCAGUGGUUAUGAGACGAAAGUGUACGAGGUUGCAAGGGAGAGGAACACGAUCGCUGUUAUGGAGACAGGAACAGGGAAGACAGUUGUAGCCAUUAUGCUGAUCAGGGACAUGUGCCUCACUGUCAAAUCUUCUGACGAUUUCAGAUCCAGAAGACUUGUCAUAUUCUUGGCACCGAGCGUCAGUCUUGUGAAACAGCAUUGCCGUGAUAUCAAACUGUACUCAAACCUGGAGGUCGAGAAUUACUAUGGAGGCAGAGGAGUUGACAAAUGGACGUUGGAGCAUUGGGAAAAGGAAGUAAACGAGCACGAUGUUCUAGUUAUGACUCCUCAGAUAUUUUCAGAGGCCCUUAGAAAUUCAUACCUGAAACUACAUAUGGUAUGCCUUGUAGUUAUAGAUGAAUGCCACCUUGCCACUGGGAAUCAUCCAUAUGCAAAAAUAAUGAAGGAAUUUUAUCGCAAAUCCACUGACAAACCGAAGAUAUUUGGAUUGACUGCUUCUUCCGUCGAUAGAAAAGGUCAAGUUUCUGAACUUGAGAGCAUCUUGGACUCAAAGGUACUGUCAAUGCUAGAUACAGAUUUAGCCAAAGAUUCAGAAUAUCAGUGCUUGAAAUUAACCCUACCUCCGGAGACAAAUGUCUAUCGAGUGGAGGCAACAGGGGCUUUGAUUACUCUAGAUUCAAGUAUCGAUGUUCUACGUCAGUACUGCAAGAAUCUUCCUACUGAUGGGUACAAGCCCCAGUUAAAGUUUGAGUUGUCAUUUCCCGAGGAGUUGUCUUACAUAUACACAGUGACAUUUCCUGCCUCUGCUGCUGUACAAAAGAUAGUUGGUCCAAGAAGCACGAAUGAGCAAUUAGCAAUGCAACUUGCUUGUAUCGAAGCAUGCAAGAAGCUACAUCAGUUAGGUGCAUUGGAUGAUCACCUUUUACCAUGCACCACCCUAUCCAAAGAUAAGGUUUCCUCUGCUAAAAGCAAAUCUUCUUCAGCCGGUGCAGGGACGACGAAAAGAAAGGAAUUACAUGGAACGACCUGUGUAAAUGCACUGUCCGGAACUUGGGGAGAAAAACUUGACGGUGCCGUCUUCCAGGCUUAUAGAAUUGACUUUUCAUGCGAUGUUGCUAGAGAGCUAUACUCAAGUUUCGUUCUUUUGAUUGAGUCGGCCCUUGAUGGCGAUGUUGGAAACGUCGAGAUAAAUCUUUAUUUGGUCAGGAAGUUCGUGAAGGCUUCUGUCUCAUCUUGUGGCCAACGGUAUUUUACUCAUGAGGAGAUGGUGAAAGCAAAGUGUUUUCAGGAGUUUUUCUUUAAUGGUCUAUUCGGGAAGUUGUUCGUUGGAUCUAAGUCAUCGGAAAUGAAAAGGGAAUUUUUGCUUCAUAACGAAACAAAAUCUCUCUGGGACCCAUCCUACAUGUUUCUUCUACUGCCCCUCGAAAUGGAUCAUAUAGUUCCUAGGGGAGAAUCAUGGAGAAUCAACUGGUCUGCUAUCAAUUCAUGUGUCUCAGCCAUUGAGGUCCUCAAGAAAAACUCUCCUCUGGAACUUCGGGUUAACGAUGGAAAUCAUUGCAAAACUCUCCCGGGUUACGAGGUCUCAUCAGAGGAUGAAUAUGGAAGGAAAACAAAUUUGAUUCAUUUUUCCAAUGGUUCAUUUGAUCAAGACAGCCUCAAAGAAAUGACGGUAACAGCAAUUCAUACUGGAAGGGUAUACACUGUAGUCGAAGUGGAAAAAGAUUCUUCUGCUAAAAGCCUGUUUGAGGGCGGUAUCUCACCGGAAUAUUCUAGUUACACCGACUAUUACUACAAAAAAUAUGGAAUUGUUUUGAUGCAUCCGGAUCAGCCCAUGUUGCGGUUAAAGCAGAGCCACAAUGCACAUAACCUUCUAGUCAAUUUCAAUGAGGAAGGUGAUAUGAAGGCAGGACCGAGAGGUGACCUAUUUAAAGAAAGGAAACCCCAAAUACAUUCACAUCUGCCACCCGAGCUCUUGGUAAUUAUCGAAGUACCUCGUAUCGUAAUACGUUCGAUAUACUUAAUGCCUUCGGUGAUGCACCGACUGGAAACCCUAAUGUUGGCGAGCCAGCUGAGGAAGGAGAUUGGUUGUCACAUCGAUAAUUUCAGUAUUCCGAGUUCAUUGAUUCUUGAAGCACUUACGACACUACUAUGCUGCGAGACAUUUUCCAUGGAGAGACUGGAACUGCUCGGGGAUUCGGUUCUGAAAUAUACCGUGAGCUGUAAUUUAUACUUCAAGUAUCCCGACGAAAACGAGCGACAACUAACGGGACGGCGGAAAUCAAUCAUUUCUAAUGCGAACCUUCAUCGGUUGGCAACCAUUCGCAAGUUACAGGGAUACGUAAGGAACGGUGCUUUCGAGCCCCGUCGUUGGACAGCGCCUGGUCAACGUUCUCUUUUUCCCGUUCCUUGUAAAUGCGGGAUUUUGACGAAAGAAGUACCUCUGGACCCGAAAUUCUUUUCUGAAGACCUAAAAGUCAAACUCGGGAAAUCUUGUGAUAUGGGUCAUAGAUGGAUGGUGUCGAAGGCCAUAUCAGAUUGUGCCGAGGCUCUAAUUGGCGCGUAUUACGUGAGCGGUGGAUUGACUCCGGCUCUUCAUGUGAUGAAAUGGCUCGGUGUCGAUGUCGAGUUUGACCCGAAAAUAGUCGACGAAGCUCUAAAUAUUGCGUCUCUACAAUCUUACAUCCCUAAGAACGAUGAACUUACGGAGUUACAGGCUAAGAUCGGACAUGAAUUCUCGGUUAAGUUCCUACUAAAAGAGGCUAUAACACACAAGACUUCUGAUGAACCCUAUUCUUAUGAGAGGCUUGAAUUUCUUGGAGAUUCUGUGCUGGAUAUCCUUAUUACCCGGCAUCUAUAUAAGACCUAUACAGAGACAGGCCCGGGAUAUAUGACUGACCUUCGAUCUGCAAAUGUAUGUAACGAGAAUUUUGCCCAAGUUGCGGUGAGGAAGAAUCUGGCUGGCCACCUUCAGCACUGUUGUUCGGUAAUGGAGGCUCAAAUAAACGAGUACCUGAGAUCCUUUCCUGAACCUGAUGAGACCGGUAGAACAAUUCCCUCGAUACAGGGUCCUAAGGCUCUAGGGGACUUGGUGGAGAGUAUCACGGCUGCGUUACUGAUCGAUACAAGAAUGAAUCUGAGUGAGGUAUGGAGACUGAUAGAGUCGUUGCUUUCUCCGCUAGUGACUCCGGAAAAUCUUGAGCUGCCUCCAUUCCGGGAAUUGAGCGAGCUAUGUGAUUCUUUCGGGUACCCGAUCUGUGUGAAAUACACGAACCAUGGCGAGAAGAUACACUCGAGGAUCCAGUUGCAGCUCCACGAUGUUCGUUUGAUCGGAGAAGGAUCAGAACGGAGUACUAAACUAUCCAAGGGAAAAGCCGCUUCUUCUCUGCUGAAACAACUAGAGGAGAGAAACAUUUCUCGCAACAUGUCGUUGACGAGAGACGAGCAGAUUGGUGGAAGUGAUUCUUCUCGUAUCAACAGAGCUGUAUCCCCUUCAGAUUCAACUGGAAUUCCAGUCAUCGGGCCUAUAAGCACAAUGAAAGGCGGGCCUCGGACAGCACUUUUCAGCUUCUGCAAGAAACAUCUGUGGCCAACACCCACCUUCGAGACGACAGAGGAGAAUUCCCGGACUGCGAUGGAAUUCGGGGAAGGUGCCGAGAAAAGAACGAGCUUUAGCAGUUUCACGUCGGUCGUGACGAUUCAGGUACCGAGCAAGGAGGAAGCUGUUGUGAAGUGGUCAGGAGAAGCCAGGCCAGACAAGAAGAGUUCCUACGACUCUGCUGUCGUGGAGGCUCUCUAUGAGCUCGAACGCCGUCGUUUCCUCGUUAUCCUCAAGUAAAAAAAAAUAACCUCUUUAUUUUUUUUUGGGAAAAUGACAUAAACCCACACAGAUUGUUCCAAAUGUGUAAAAUUAGUACAUCAAUUUUUAAUUUGACAAAAUCCUACACUCGAUUUCAAAUU